AUGGACAACACUAACGUAUACUUCAAAGACACGAAAAAUGCAAUUCUUCCCAGUUUAAAUAAUUUUAUCACCAACGCAAAAGGUUUGUCCAAUGAGUCCUUGACAGUGAAACAUAACAUAAGUUUAAGCAUCCAAUUUGUUAAUGGAGUAACUCAAGAAUUAGAAGCGGAUGGCAAAACAAUUUUUAAACGAAAUGUAAAAAAGGAUUUCUCUAACAUCGCCGAUUAUAAACUAUUUGCUAUAAAUAAGGAACAGCAAAAGUAUGAACAAAUUAAACAUGACGUGCAGGCGAAAAUCAACAGAAAAAAUCAAAUCGAACAUUAUUUCAACGUUGUUGAUCGCCAAUUACAGUUUGUCAUGAAAAAAAAAAUAAUGAAAUCGGAAGCCAUUAUUGUUGCAGCAAUGAAAGAACACGAAAAUAAAAUUGUUAAUUUACAAUUAGAUGCGAACAGUUUGCAAUCAAAAAUUGAGGCGAACGCAAAAAAUAACGAGAUUAACAAAAAUAGCCGUAUGCAAAUCAGGUAA